GUCAUCGAGAUACAAAGUCCGUUCCUUCACUUGCCGGUCGGUUGUGUACUGAACUUGGAACUUGUGUUUCUGCGAACUAGGACAUUGGACACUAAAACAUGGCUGCAAACACUGGUGUUUUAGCUGGGAAGACUUUAUUCAUCACAGGAGCGAGUCGUGGUAUUGGAAAAGCCAUAGCCUUGAAAGCUGCAAGGGAUGGAGCUAAUGUUGUCAUAGCAGCCAAAACCACAGAGCCACACCCCAAGUUACCUGGUACCAUCUAUACAGCUGCCAAGGAAGUUGAGGAUGCUGGAGGGAAAUGUCUGCCCUGUGUGGUAGAUAUCCGAUCCGAAGACCAGGUUCGUAAAGCAGUCGAGGAGGCAGUGGACAAGUUUGGAGGGAUUGACAUCCUUAUCAACAAUGCUAGUGCCAUCUCCCUCACUGGUACACAGUCUACAGGCAUGAAGAAAUAUGACCUGAUGAUGAACAUCAAUGGCAGAGGCACCUAUCUCUGUUCUCAUGUCUGUUUGCCCUACCUCCUGAAGAGCUCUAAUCCACACAUUUUGAACAUCAGUCCUCCGCUCAACAUGAACAAAGAUUGGUUCAAAGGCCAUGUGGCCUACACCAUGGCCAAAUAUGGGAUGUCCAUGUGUGUCUUGGGGAUGGCAGAAGAAUUCAAACCAGAAGGUGUUGCUGUGAAUGCUCUCUGGCCAAGAACAGCCAUCUACACUGCUGCCAUGGAGAUGUUAGGAGGAGGAGACGAGGUUUCUAAGCAAUGCCGUAAGCCUGAAAUCAUGUCAGAUGCUGCCUAUGUGAUGUUAACCAAAGACAGCAAGUCAUACACUGGUCAUUUUGCUAUUGAUGAUGAAGUGCUCUCCGCUGAAGGGAUCAAGGACAUGGAACAGUACAGUUGGGUAAAAGGCAGCAAACUUCUUCCCGACUUCUUCCUGGAUGUUGAUGCCAACACACUGAGGGAGCAGAUGUCUGAAGGUGGUGCCACACCAGCCUUUGGUGGAACCGCAGGUGGUGCCGGACCAGCCAAGACAUUUGAGGCCAUACAAUCCAUGCUUAGUGAGGAUUUAGUAGGCAGUGUAGGAGGUGUCUUCCAGUUCAAUCUAUCAGGGACAGAUGAAAGUACUUGGUUCAUAGACUUGAAAUCUGGUGCUGGAAGUCUAGGACCUGGUGAGCCCCCAAUGGGAGCUGACUGUACUAUGAGCAUGGACACUGCCGACUUUGAGAAGAUGUUCGGAGGCGAGCUAAAACCUGUCGCAGCCUUUAUGUCUGGCAAGCUGAAGAUCAAAGGAGACAUGGCGAUGGCCAUGAAGCUGGAAAAACUCAUGAACAAAAUGUCUCCAAAAUUGUAAAAUGCUCUUUUUUCACUGAAAGCAAUGAUUCACACAUACCUUUGCGGAAUGACAUCAAAAAUCAAAUUCAGGGAAGUUGACCAAAUAAAUUGUUAGUGCGAGGGAACUCAUUUAUAUAUAAGUGUGGUGUCAGAUACAACAUGGAUACCAGGUAAUAUAAGUGGGUCAUUGACGAAUAGAUGUAUAAUUCCAGUUAAAUGUCAAAAACAUGAAAUAGUGAUGACAUGUAUUUAGAGUUCAUCUUAUAAAUUUGUAUACGUGUUACAGAGGAUAGGUAUAUAGUAGUGUAGUGUCCCAUUUUGGAGGAUAAUAUGUACAUUGUGAAAAAUACAAUACAUAUCCUUGGAGUAAAAAUAUAAUUAUAGAGAAAAUUAUAGCCAAUUUGAUCAUUCUCACAGAAGAUAAAUUUCUUGCAGCCAAUUUUUUUUGUACAAACACAAAGAUUAAGAUCACAUCUUAAGUCAUGCAAAUCCAGUUGAGGAUGACUGUAGUAGACCAUGGUUGGUCUUAGUUAAAGAUAUUAAGUGUCGACAUUUUUAACCAUAUUCCAAGCUAGAACACUAUUAUAAUAGAGUCUACUGGACCCUACUUAAACCGAGUUGACUUCUGUGAAUCACAUUUUCGAAUGAACUAUGGUCAAAUAUGCGCAUGACCGUAAGAUUUGACCACAGCUUUAUAUCCAUCAAAAAACCAGAUUUUACAGAAUAUAUUUGACCAUAUUAUAAGAAAUGAAUGGGUGUAUUAUUAUUUUUCUUUCAAUGUGCUAUUUGAAAAUUUUGGUUGUCUACAAAUGUGAAGUGCAUGAACAAAGUUUUGUGUAAAUUUGUUUGAAGUGUGAGAGCCAUUAUAUUUCUGAAUUUGUGAUAAGUGUGUACUAAUGUGUCUGGAGUUUAGUGCUGAACGCUGGUGUAUUUAUCAGAAUUAUAUUUAACAAAUGAGUUGAAGAGUUGUAUUUAUAUGUUAGAGUUCAUGAUUUAAAAGGUUUUUAUCAAUCAUUGCUUUGAAUCUUUUUAUAUGUGAUCAUUCAGUAUUAGGGUUCCUGAUACUGUACAUUUGAAAGUUAGAUGUGUUAUGAAAUUUGUGAUCAAAUCACUGAUUAUGCUGAUAAUGAUAGCAAUUUCAUUGAUAUAUAAAUUAUAUAUUGGAUGAUUAUUGUACAUUUAGUACAAAUAAAUCACAAUAAAAGUUUGGUAUGAAUUUAC